GCUCUGUGCUUCACUUUUCUCAUGGACAAACUUGAGUGGUGUUGAUGAAGAAGAGCAGCUCGAGCUUCAUUUAAACAGGUAUUUGGCCGUAGUCACUUUCCUUGUUGCCUCUUCAAGGAGCCAUUUGCUUGUGGGACACCAAGUCUCCAGCAGUCCUGAAUAAUCUGGAAAGCUACGUCCAAGUGAACAAUUUCCCCCCUUGAUGGAUUCAACAUUUAUAUUAAUCUCACUGUGUAUGUAAUGGUAAUGUAAUGUUCACUUUGUUUACUCAAUCUUAUUAUAAUCAAUGUAUUAAUAGGUGCACUUAAACAAUUCUGUUUCUGAGUAUUGCAGAUUUCAUGAGUUGCAGAAGGUCAUAAAAGUCAUAUCCACUCAAUAACAGGAAACAUCUUGGGCGACCAUUGCUCAAGGAAGAUAAAAUAAGGAAGGGCAGACUGACCUUAACUCUGACAUGAACACACUGACCUGAAGUGUUAUUUUUGUGUUUUGAAAACAUAAUGGGUAUGUAAGCAAAAGGGAACUGCUCAUGUUGUAAUGUUUUUCAUGUUCCCCCUCCCGCUCUGAGAUGAGUAGUUCCCAUGUAACUAGGGCUCCUAAUACUGAAUAAGAGACUUUAGAGGGUAUUGGGUGAACGGCAAGUUACAUGUAACUAAAGUUCUUCUCUCGGUUACUCCCUCCACGCGUGUAAAAGAUAUUAAUCUCUUGUCUUCUCUCUUGUCAGUGAAUAUUGAGUAUAGGUGUAAAGGUGAACCUAUCAACUUGGUCCUUUGUUCGAGCCGGAUCCCAAUAGACCUGAGGACUCCAGCGGAGUGGUAGACCCAGGAAAGACUGUGCACAGCUUUGAAGACCUUUUCCGGGACUGGCUCUAUGGCUUGGUUGGGGUCUGAUGGUUGACGGGUUACCGAGAGAAAGAGACAACAGUGAGUAGGUCUUACUUUAAAAAGAACGGUGUGACUGAGGGUCAUGCGCGUAGAGAAACCCUAAUUAUCCUAGGCUCCAAUUAGGUACAAUUAAAGGGACGCGGAGUCCCGUUAUCGGGUAAAAUAGUGAUAUUUUACUGGCAGAUACAAAAGCCCGUGGUAGGAGAGCAGACUCCUAAAAAACUGUGACAGUAAGAAACGCAAGAAAAAGAAAAAGUGUGUGUGUGUGAAGUGUAAGUGGAGAUUCUAAGCCACUAGGUGAAGAGUCUCAUACCAAUAAGGUUGGAAUUUUUUUUGUGGUGAAUUUCUGUGGAUGCAGAGGCAAGAUUCCUCUACCUACACUGCUAGGUUGAAGUGAGGAAUACCACAUUAAUCACCGCACCAACCUACCACAUCCCAGCUAUAGAGACCUCCCUAGGAGUGGGACAGCUGGACUAAAUUGAGUAAAUAAAAUGGGAAAUAAAACUACAAAGUCGACUCCAAAAGAUAAACUGCAGAUAAAAGACUGGAAAGCCGUGCACGCAAAAUAUCCCGAAAAAUGUACUAAAUUAGAUUUGUGGAUAACAAAGUAUAAGUUUGAGGGUGAGUUAAAAUCUUAAAAAAUAAUUGAACUCCAAUGUCAAAUACAAGAAAAAUGUAAAAAUAAAGAAGGAGAAAUGUGUAAACAUGGUUACUAUCAUUUAGAGAAAUGGCUAGACUUGGCAAUGGCAAGAGAAAAGGGCCAUACAGAAGCUAAACGGAGACAACAAAUGAUGCUUAGUGCAAAAGAGGAGGAGGAUUUGGCUACUGUAGCGGCAGCGCCAGUAGAGCAACCAGUACAGCAGCCUCCGGUACUGCAGCCUCCGGAGGGCUUAGGAGCAGCACAGGGAGAAGAAGAAGACCCUCCCCCAUAUAGAACAUACCCAGAGCUGCCUACUUACGAUGGGGACGUAGGGCACGGCCUGGGAGCAAAAACCAGACACCAGACCAGAAGUAAGGGUAUAAUAAUUGAAUACAGCAAAGAGAUGGGUGCAUAUCCUAUAACUAUUACUAAAAAGGUCAGAGAAACAGUGCAAGUACAGGAUCCAGGGUUCAUUACUCCCACUGCCCCGACGAUGCCAGAGACCACACACAGAACAGCAGAAUUGGACAGGGAGGAGAAAUUAGAACAGGUGACAGACUCCUACCCUAUGAUCCAAGUUGCUAAUCCAAGAGGAGGACAAGUAAUUGACCUUAAUAAUCCAGGAGCAGGAAAUCACCCAGAAACUAUUUUGGUACAUAGGCCUUGGACAGACAGUGACAUAGAUGAUGCAUUAAAGGGGAUUGUUCCACCAAAUGAGGAUGUCACUGAAUUUUUGGAAGCUAUGGACCAACUGAGAAGCUCAUAUAAUUUAAAUGGGCAGGAGAUAGAAAGGGUGUAUAGAAAAGCUUUAGGACAUCAUUGGGCAUCGGUUAAGGGGGACUGGACCUACAUGACUGGUGACGCGCCAAACCAAGUGAUAAUGCCACAUAAUGAGGCCCAGCUUCUAAUAAGGUUGGAGCGCUUAAGAGAAAGAAUCCAGAACAGGUUUGCUAGGAGAGCAAAUUAUAUGGAGAUUAAUAGAACUAAGCAAAGAGAUGAUGAAAGUUUUGAAGAAUUUAGACAUAGACUAACAAAGGUAUUUAAAGUGCAUAGCGGACUUCAGGAUGUAGAAGGAGAUGAUAAUUGUGCAUACAGACAGCAGUUAAAAAACGCGCUGCAUGCCAACACUGUCAUUGGGAUUAGAAAUUGGAUUGACAAACAUUAUAUAAAUUUUGCAACAGGCACAUUGGAUCAAUACAUUGAUAAUGCAAUGCAUGCUGAUAAAGUGAUAAGAAAUAAGCAGAAAAAGGAGAAGGAGAGUAAGAUUUUCACCCUGGAGGGCGCACAAAUAUUUUACAGUGAGAACAGGGGAAGAAAUCAGAGAGGGAGGAACAGAGGUAGGGGGAGAGGCAGAGGAGGAUAUGUGUAUCAAAGACCAAACCCUACUACUGUUGAUAACCCAGAGGACAGAGACAGAUGCUGGGUAUGUGGGAAGAUAGGUCACUGGAAGAGACAGUGCCCAGAGUGGAGAGGAUAUCAGACAAAAGGACAGGAUUAUGACAAAUCACAGGGGACGGCAGCAUGACUAGGCCGGGAGCCGGGGGGUUACUGGGUGGACGACGAUGACGACACACCAGACCUAUUUCCGGACCCAGGGGACUAUGACUGGACCGAAGAAGAUUUGGUAAUGGCGAAUAAACAGGCUUAUGACAAAGAUAAAGAGGUGGAAGGAGAAAUACAGGUUGAUUUACAGGCUGCAUUAGGGCAUGGACAUGCUCUACCAAAUAUUACACUGAUAUUGAAUGGAGUACAAACUUCUUUUUUGUGUGAUACUGGCGCCUGUAAAACCACAAUAAAUGCAAAAAUUCCACACAUGGUGAAAAGUAAGGAGACAGUGACAGUGAGGGCGGCAAACGGAGAGGUCACUCAUGUUUCAUUGACGCAACCAGUAACUAUAACAGACCCUAAAGGAAAGUCAAUUAGACUAGCUGUACUAUAUUUCCCUGAAUGCCCACUAAACCUGUUGGGCCGUGAUGCAUUGGCAGCUCUAGGAUUAGUCCUAAUUCCAGAUGAUGCAGGAAACAUUCAGGUGAGAAGAAUGCAAGAAAUACGAACAAAAGACGUGCAUGUGAUACAAGGCCGUAAACAGCCCAGGUACUGGUACGGACUCUCAUUAUCUAAUAAUGACGCAGGGAGAACAGCAUCAGCUUUAGUACAGGAAGCAAAAAAUUCCGUUCCACAGUACCAAAGUGUAAUGCCUGAAGAUGCUUUACACGUGACGACCUGGUUCAAAAAGACACCAGGACCUGAUCCAAUUUAUUUUCAAAACUUGCAAAGGGCAGGACCUGUAAAAGCUACCAUAGCAUACAUUUAUUCAGACUCAUUUAAUGUUGCUGCAGCACAUGUGGUGAUACACUGGAAAAAUGAGGAGCAGAAACAUUUAUAUAAGAACAUUAAUCCACCACAUAUUUCCCUAAUAAAACCAGUUGAAUGGGAAUGGGAAAGUGUAGGAGAUUUUAUCAGAGAAAACCUACAAUGCAAAGAUUGGAUUACUACUGGACCCACUACAGAGACUGGCUGCCACAAUUGGGUGCGGAAGUCCCUGUACUGGGCAGUGACAUUGACUCCAUUUCAAAAAAUACAACAUCCUGAUGACGAAGAACAACAGUUUCCCUGAUAUGUGCUAGAACUUACACAAAGAGACGAGGACCUGCUAAGUAAAGUACCGGAGUGCCUUUGGUCAAAGGGACCGUCUGAUGUAGGGUUAAUUAAAGGAGUAGCACCUGUCAAAAUUAGGCCCAAAUCUGAAUAUAGACCCUGUAUAAGACAAUAUAAAUUAAAACCCGAUGCAAUAGAAGGCAUUAGGCCAGAAAUUGAGAGCUUAAAAGAAGCAGGUGUGAUAGUGGACUGUGAGGACUCACCAUGUAACAGCCCAAUAUUCCCAGUGCAGAAACAAGCUCCCUCUACAGGUUGGAGAAUGGUACAGGAUUUACAAGCAGUAAACGAAGCAGUAAUUCAACGAGCCCCUUGUGUGCCAGAUCCACACACAUUAUUAAAUUCACUAAGAUCAGAUGCCAAGGUAUUUACUGUAGUUGACAUUAGUAAUGCAUUUUUCUCUGUUCCCAUUGACAAAGACAGUCAGUUUUGGUUUGCUUUUACGUUUGAAGGACGUAGAUAUACGAUGACACGUCUUGGGCAGGGAUAUUGUGAAAGUCCAACAAUAUAUUCUCAAGUUAUGUCAACAAAUUUGGCUAAGUUUAAUCCGCCAAAAGGAAGCCAAAUUCUCUUGUACGUAGAUGAUAUACUUUUGGCCGCAGCCGACAGAGAAUCAUGUGAAAUUGAUACAAUUGCUUUGUUGACAUUCCUUGCAGAAAAUGGUCACAAAGUAAGUAAAAACAAACUUCAAUUCUGCCAAGACACUAUCAAAUACUUAGGACACUGUUUAAAUGCAACAGGUCGUACGAUCAUUGCAGGUCGUAAGGAAGCAAUAUUAAAUGCACCAAAACCACUAACAAAGAAGCAAAUGAUGUCUUUUUUAGGGUUAACUAAUUACUGUAGACAGUGGAUUGCCAACUACGCUGAAAUAACACAUCCUUUGAGCAAAAUGAUGUAUGAUGAACCAAUAAACAUGAAUGACACUCUAAAAUGGACGGAGGAAAGUGAAAAGGCUUUCAUCGAAGUGAAACAGGUUUUAGUUUCCAGUGCAGCGUUAGCACUUCCUGAUUAUGAUAAGCCUUUUGUGCAGAUGGUAGAUUGUAAAGGACAUUUUAUGACUUCCGUCUUAACGCAGACGCAUGGGGAUAAACUCAGGCCGGUGGCAUACUAUUCUUCUAAAUUAGAUAGUGUGGCUUGUGCAAUGCCCCCAUGUGUUCGUGCUGUAUUGGCGGCGUCAUUGGCAGUGGAAGCUAGUGCAUUGGUAGUGCUUUUUCAUACACUAGUGCUCCGGGUUCCACAUGCAGUGUCAGCUUUGUUAUUACAGACAAAUUUUUCCUUCAUGUCACCAGCACGACACUUAUCCUGUAUGUCAAAUUUGCUGUCACAGCCUCAUUUGACAAUAGAAAGAUGUACAACUCUAAAUCCUGCCACUUUAAUUCUCUGCGAGGAAGAUGGGGAGCCACAUAAUUGUAAAGCAUUGGCAGAACAAACUACUAAAUGUAGAGUGGAUUUGUUAGAGACGCCAUUGGAGUACCUAGAGGGGUCCCUGAUGAAUAUAAACUAGUUGAUCAAGUUGCAACUGGAUUUGAAAAUCUUCCUGUAAUAUCAGCCAUAAUACCAAUCACUCCUAAUAAAAACGCAGACCGAAUUAACUACAUCCACUACAACGUCCAGAAGCUUGGAAACUAUACUCAAGAAGGGUUAGAAGCAGUGCAUGAACAACUCAGUGCCACCUCCCUCAUGGCUUUCCAGAAUCGCACAGCUGUUGAUAUGCUCCUAUUAGAGAAAGGAGGAGUUUGUGGAAUGUUAGGAGCAGGACACACAUGUUGCGUUGUCAUACCCAACAAUACAGCUGCGGAUGGAAGCCUGACACGUGCUAUAGGUAGCCUGCGAGCUAUGAAUAGGCGCCUAAAAGAGCAGUCUGGGGUGAGCACAACCUUCUGGGACGACUGGUUGGGUGUGUUUGGUCGUUACCGGGCACUAGCUUCUUCAAUUCUGAUAUCAAUCGCAGUAUUUGUAUCCAUCUUGACCUUGUGUGGAUGUUGUUGUAUUCCCUGUCUCCGUUCAUUAAUCAAUAGGUUAAUAACCACUGCCAUCGCACCCAUCACCGAGGGAAAAGGGGUGCCGAUAUACCUAUUGGAAGGCAGUGAUGAAGAGGACCCUGAAGGAGUACUUCCAAACCUAUUCCAAGAAACCUCCCAGGUGUAAGAACGAAUGAACCUGUAAUUAAAAAUCCAAAGUGAAGUGAUUACAAGGUGAUGACACAGUUUCGAUAAACAGGAGGGAAUGAUGGAUUCAACAUUUAUAUUAAUCUCACUGUGUAUGUAAUGGUAAUGUAAUCUUCACUUUGUUUACUCAAUCUUAUUAUAAUCAAUGUAUUAAUAUGUGCACUUAAACAAUUCUGUUUCUGAGUAUUGCAGAUAUUAUGAGUUGCAGAAGGUCAUAAAAGUCAUAUCCACUCAAUAACAGGAAACAUCUUGGGCGACCAUUGCUUAAGGAAGAUAAAAUAAGGAAGGGCAGACUGACCUUAACUCUGACAUGAACACACUGACCUGAAGUGUUAUUUUUGUGUUUCCUGUAAGCAAAAGGGAACUGCUCAUGUUGUAAUGUUUUUCAUGUUCCCCCUCCCACUCUGAGAUGAGUAGUUCCCAUGUAACUAGGGCUCCUAAUACUGAAUAAAAGGCGUGGAGAAACGAGAGGAGACUUUAGAGGGUAUUGAGUGAACAGCUAGUUACAUGUAACUAAAGUUCUUCUCUCGGUUACUCCCUCCACGCGUGUAAAAGAUAUUAA